GUAGAUCAUAAUCAUCUAUCAUAUCAACGUCUGUACGUAAUUAGGUCUGCCAUCAACUCGAUGUACAGCGUCUUAUACUCGCAACACUUGGUAAUAUCUCAGCAUCCGUUAAUUCUGCAAUUCUUCAAAGCCAGGCGAAAAAUCCAAUUACCGUAUUCCAGAGUUACACGAUUUAGAAACUUGGAACUUACAACUGUUGACUCACCUAAUCAAAAAGUGUGGAAACAAUGAAGAUCUUUCUCUCAAGACACUUCAGCAGAAGACCCUGCC